ACGAAAAACAGUUUCAGACUUACGAGUUCAGUUUCAUUAUUCCCGUGUCCUUAAAUCGAGAUUGGAGCUCAGAAGCGAAUCUUAUCAGAGCAAAACUUUAUUUUUAAGCAAGAAACGUGGAAUAAUUUGGAGACUUUUCACGUGUAAAGCAGAUCUCGUGGACUACACACAACAUCAGGGCACAGCCCUACAAGACGUCGGAUUACACUGUUCCCUACAAGUCAUGUAUAUUCUAAAACUCCUUUUUUUAGGAGCUUGUUUCUCUGGUAACCAUGGAAAGCCAACGAAAAAUUCAGAAUCUGCCGAAGCUGGCCCGUGUAUCGGAAUGGACUGUCUACACGGUGUCCUCAUGCACAACGACGAGAAGGUAGGUGAGGAUCACAAAGCCGAGGAUAGCUACAUCCAGAUGAAGGAGGAGCUAGCCACAGGCGGUGAGGAGGAGAAAGCGGGACCGUGCGAGGGGAUGGACUGUCUACACGGGGUUCUCAUGCACGGGGACGACGAGCAGGGGAACAAGGGACACGCCGAGGAGUCCAUAGGACCUCAGAAAGAAGAAGAGCCCACGGAAGCGAAACCAGAAGAUCCCAACGAGUACUUUCACGGCGUGCUGAUGCAUAACGGAGACGAAGACGAAAUGAAGCGUGAGAGAGAUGCUGGGGACGUGGUGCAAAUGGAAAUCCCACAAAACCCGCAGAGUCUGGACGAAUACUGGCACGGCGUGAUGAUGCAUAAUGAUUCGGAGCCCGGUAAACGCCAUCACGACGGUCCGCACGACGAAGACGCGGACAGCGACGCUGCGGGGACGUCGGGAGAGAAGGUGAAGCCUCUGUCUGGGGACGACCUAAUGCACGGGGUUCUCAUGCACGGGGACGAGGGGAACGCGGGAGGGCACGAUCAUGGCGAGGUGGAGGGAGAGGGGCAGAGGGGCACCGAGGGGAAGGCAAAGCCGCUUUCUGGAGACGACAUGAUGCACGGGCUCUUGAUGCACGGUGAGGAGGACGGAGUAACCGACCACGCUGACUCCGAGUACGAAGAGAGUCACCCGAAGAACGUGAAGGCUGGGCCGGACACGGACAGUCUCCACGGCGUGUUGAUGCACGGAGAUGAAGAGCAUGGAGUCAACCACGAAGACGACCACAAGAGACUCUCAGAGGAGGAGGAGGAGGAGGAGAGCGUUGGAGAAUACGGGAUCGAUCCUGAGUCUAUCCUGCAUCCGGAGGGGUAUGAAGACAUGGACCAUAAAGAUAUCGACCUCAACAAAAUCAAUUCCGAGGACAAGGAUGAUUUCAACGAAUGGCAGAAAGAAGGGAAAAAAUCUUCCGAUGAAGAAUUUGAAGAUUUGAAAUCGGACUGGCGUGAAACGCUAGGGUAUAUCACGGACGGGAUUCUGUCGGACAUCGAUCUUAUGAAAAGGCGCUAUCUCGCGAGGUUCUACACUCAAGAGGAAGAGGAGGAGCAGGAAGGGGAAGAGCCGACGGCCGCGGAAAAGCUGGAAGCUGAGUGGUUGAAUAACGCGGAUUCUAACGACAUGAGGCACGAGCUGAAUCUGAUUGGUGACACUGGACCAAUCGGCGAGACGCCACACAGGCACGACAACAAGAAAAAAGAAUUCAAGAAAAUUGUCUUCUGAAGAACAUAGACUUAAAAUGACAUUGGUGCUUCGUUUCAUUCUGUGGUCUGCGAAAUUCCUAGAAGCCAAGGAGAUGCAUGGGUAUUAUCGUAACCCACAACAUUAACCCUGGGAGACCAACAUUAACCCUGGGAGACCAACAUUAACCCUGGGAGACCAACAUUAAACCGCGCAUUUAUGCAAAUACCUGUGCUGUGAUACAUAGAAUUGUGAAUAGAUUUAAUACUGAAUUGGGCAUUCAACUUAAAUACUGUGACAGAAAAACAUUAUAUGUACCAAACUGAACAUAUUCCAGAAAUGAUUAAGGGAGAAGUACAAGAGACGAAUGGUUGGGAUACAAAAGUGAAGUUUGGUUGAAUAGCUAGUAGCUGACAUUUCCCCCAGCUUGUUGUGUUUUAAAUUAUAUCUGAAUGUGUCUCAAAUGUUUUAUACCCAUAACCAGAUAUCUAGGGUGUGCAGAAUGGCGUACAAACAGGACAUAAAACAUAUAUAACCUGUUGUACAAUUGUUGCAAUAUUAUGAAAAGAUAAUGCUCAUAUGUCACAAAUGUUUUACAUCCGAUGCAAAGGUCAACUUGACGAAAAUACCGUUUAAGCGUCUUCAGUGUGUGUUGACCUGGGUGUCUGGCGCUUCCUGAGCUAUGAAUCGACCUAUAUUCACCUGGUAUUAAUACGUACAAUAAAAUACUAAUUAUACAGUUUGUGUAAUAAAUAAGAAUCUUAUUCAUUUGUGAUCUUACGUUUUAAAUUGGAUAUAAUGUGGUAUAAUGUAUGUAAUAUACAACAUCACGUGAUGCAGGAUGUGGUGGUGACUUAAACAAAAGACACAGGUAAAAUGAAGAUAGUAUGAGGAGAAGAACCAUUGAAAACUGUAACUGCCAACACUUGCACCUUUUUUUUGGAAUUUUUUCCUUACGAGUCACAUAGAUAACACGUCGUCAGUGGAGUCACACAGCUUUGUCAACGUUUUUAUGUUCAGUUAAGGAUAGAAUUACACAUCUUAAUUAAUGUAGUGUGCGCCUAUUCAUAAAAAAGCAAGUCUGACAUUAAAUAGCUGUUUUAAGACCAGAAACUAGUCGCUGUGACGUCACCGGUGAUAUUUAUUAUCAGUAUCGUCUGUAAGCCUGCCUUACACAUAAAUAUAUUCGACUAUAUUUAAC